AUGGCAAACCUUGAUGUUAUCCUGGCACACUGUGCAAGUCAAGACUGGCUGGUGAAAAGGCGGACCUUGGAGUUCAUUCAGGAACAGCUUCCGAGCGAGUUGGACGCAGGUCAUGUCCGCCAUAUGGUACCGCUCCUGGGGAACGGCGAUUGGAGGGUCAGAAAUUUGACCAUUGACCUGUUGGAGCAGAGGUCGCCGAGCGCGCUGAUCGCUGAGCAUUGGGAGAUUUUGUUUGCGCUUGUCGCGGAUCCAAAGUGUGAGGUGCAAGAGCAAGCACUAAAUCUCUUGGAGGAGAAGAUGCCGAGUGAGCUAAUCGCUGAGCAAUUCACCGAAUUCCACAGAUACCUGCGAGACGCGGAUCCAAGGAUCAGGAAAUCCAGCCGACAGUUCUUCCGGAAGAAGAUCUCGGCCAGCAUUCUAGCCCGGCACUUUUCGAAAAUCGUGCCAGCGCUGCUCGCUGACUCGGAAUUUCAGCCCUGGUCCUUUGGCUUCCUGUCGGGUCGGAUCUCCUCGGAGCACCUCCCGGAUCUCAUCGACUGGAUCGUCGCGCUCCUUGCCAGGCAAGAGCAGCCCUGGAAUAGGCAGAAGGCGGCUCUGGAGUUCAUGAAAGAGCAGCUGCCUAGUGGUGUGCUGAGCGCGCAGCAUUUCAGGAAGAUCGUAGCUCUCCUGGCGAAUUCGGAGUGCAAGGUGAAGAAGUGGACUUUGGAUCUACUGCAGGGGCGGAUGCACAACAGGCUGCUAGUGAUGCUUUUCACAGAGCAUGGAGAGAAGAUCUGGCCACUGUCGGAGCACGAGGACCCAUCGGUGCAGGCUGCAGCUUCGAAACUCGUUUUAAACAGUGGCUUGCAUCUUUCGAAAGGGCUGGUCGCCCAACACUCCCAGAAGUUUGCCGGGCUUCUGCACAAGAGGGGUGACCUGACUAGAUUCGAGCAGAUCUUUCCGGAUCUUUUGAAGAAGAGGCAGCCACAGCAUCCCUUGGGUGAGCUCUUGUUGAAGCUGCCGGUCUCUCGCAUCCUCGCUGUUGUUCUGAAGAGCGAGGACGCUGCCGCCUGGAGAGACAAAGCUGGCAAUACCUGGCUGCAUGUGGCCGCCGAAGCUGGGCACCUGGAAGCCUGUGAGGCAUUGGUGGAUGUGUGUGGGGUUGCGUUGCGGGCACAGAACAAAGCUGGCGAGGAGCCGCUGGCUCUUGCAGCGAGUCGCGAAGUCGAUCGGUUCCUCAGGAGCAGGAUGGGCUUGCGUGAGACGCGGUUCGGCUACGGGAAUGCAUUCGACGAAUCGCAGACAGACCAGAGGCAAGUACGCGAGGUGACUUGGUACACGGUGCCUCUUCGUGGCAUGGCCGGUCACUGUGGAGGCCUGCACUCCUUCCUCGUCGUCACUGUGUCCUCGGACACAUCCGGAGCAAAAACUUAUGUGCUCGAGAAGGCCGGCUCGCAGGCUAAUCAGGCCCAAGAGAGGAACGGGAUCUUUGUUGGAAGCCAAGAUCUGAGCAGCAACUUGAAGAGUGUGGAGGGUUUGAAGAUGCACAAGACACAACUUUCCCUCAGUGACGGAAGCCUGCGGAGAGGGCUAAAGAUGAAGAAGCUUUACGAGAAGGCUCACAGCACCGGCCCGUACCAUCUUGCAACGUCGAACUGCCAUCACGCUGCCCAAAGAGUCUACAACCACUGCUGUGCCAGAGGCGAAGAUGGGGAGGAACGGCCCCCCAACGAGUGGUUGGCGAAGCUCGGGGCCGCAUUUCAGCUGGCUGCCUUGUUUGACUCCAGCCGCUCAAGUUCAGAUUCCUCGGGUUCUGAUGUUGCUUCCUCGAAGUCAGAGCUGGCCUCCGGCAGCCAGCCUGUAGAUUCUCCGAGCGGCUUCUCGGCACCCCUUGAUCUCGCGUCCGACGCUUUCGCUGAGAUGGCCGCGGCCCUGUGUCAUGCGGUGUAUGAUGAGGACGCCGCGAGGGUGUUAUCGCCAAAACAGGCAGCCGUCGCAUCGAUCCGCAACCAGUUGGGCAGACCCGUUCUCGUCUACGACCGCAGCAGCAAGACCAACCAUAGAGUGGAGGCUGACGAGGUAGUGGACAUUAUUGUAGAAUGUGACCCUGCGAAAAGUCUGGUGGAUGUUUAUGCUGUGGCAUGGGUUCCGGGGCGCUAUUCCCAUCGACUUCUGGCCCAGAGCCAACCUGUGUGGAGCGGCCAUGCCUACAUGCUCAUAGAUUUUCGACAUGAUGUCGUGUUACAGGAGAAGGUGGCGGCAGUUGCACCGCGACAGCCGGUAGACGUUCUGUAUGCAACAAAGAAGAGCCGCAGCGCGAGUCCAGUGCAGUGGCUCCUGGCAAGAUCGCGGUCUGUGCUUUAUGCGGCGUUCCGAGGUACGGAUGAUGUGCAAGAUGCUGCGAUUGACCUCUGCGCCGUGCCAGACUGUUCUAGAUUCAGAGAGCAUGGUAUGGGUGUACACAGUGGGAUCGCCCACGCUCUCGAGCAGGAGGGAGAUGAAAUCAAUCAUGUCGUGCGUGAUGUUGUGAAAGCUUUGGAAGAGCAUCGUCGACCCGAAGAGCGGUUGGUCCUGUGUGGACACUCGCUCGGUGGAGGCUAUGCCCAAGUGAUGGCCGUCCACUUGUUGACGCGGAAGGUUGAAGUUUCGGCUAUCCGCACCUUCGGUGCUCCGCAUGUCCUCAUACCGCAGCACGAAUGCCCGAGGUUUUGGCGGACUCUGCACUCGAUCACGCAGCAUUGGGUGCACGACUGGGACCCCGUUCCCAGGCUGCCCCUCUGCAAGACCUGGCUGGUCGAUGUCCUGCCAAAGCUCAAGCAGGAAGUUGUCAAAGGAGUCAGAGUUGGAGUUGCCGAAAGUUGCGUCGAGCGACUUCGGCAAAAUUACGACAGAACAAAGGCACGUAUGCUGGAGAAGUACGAUGUCGUUGGCAAGGUCGUCUUGGUGAGUCUGGCCUCUGACUUGGCGUUUGGCGCAAGCCAGGAUGUGGCAUCACUAAGACGACUGCUUGGUGAAAAGCCUCCCGGGUCGAUCAUGACAUUCGGCAGGCUGUUUGCUUAUCACAGCAUGGAGGACUACUUGCAGAUUGCUCGGAAUCUGAGUUCUGCAUAA